GUACUAUUGUCUAAUUCGAUAUCUUUCUGUAAUACUACUCAAAACCACACACGAGCAUUUUGCGUCUUUUGUUUGCCUGCCUAUUCUCACGAACGCAAUGUCUUUCCAAGCUUCAUCAAGAGAUAUCUUUCUGGAGGAUGGUCACAUUCUCUUUGCCAACGUCUGUGACAGAGACGGAAAUUGGGUUGAGUCCAGGAUUGAUCUUAACAGAUUCAUCGGCAAUGAAGAUGGCUGGUUCAUGUGGGAUGGUGUCAACUUUUCUGAUUCAGCCAACGACAUUCGUCUAGAGGGCACUCUCUUGACCGCCGAGCUUCCCAUGCGUGAUGGAGGAUAUCGGGAACGACAGGGUAUUGAAUUGAGCGAACGUAUUGCUAACGAGAACGGUGAAUUAGUUUUCGUUUAACUUGAAUAAUUAAACAUAGCUUUACUCAAGACUCGUUAGAACAUUUACCCAAUAACAGUAUAUAAGUCACUGCGGUAUCAAGAGCCGUAUACUAAAUAUUGAAACUAUUUGAAGCACCUCUACACACACGUACACUAUCAAUUUCCUCUAGUGUCUGCUUCAAGAUCAGCGACAUAUGUGAUGCCGUGAAAUGUGAUUUCAUUGCCCACCAGCUGUUUCGGCGUCCUGCCUGGAGCUUCAUGUCAAUUACAAUUAUACAUGAGUUUUAUCGAACAGCAUAUCUAUUAUGUUAUAUGAUCGAAAUUGUGCGCAUAUGAC